CUCUGGAGCGCUCCUCUCUCAGGGUCAGACCGGAUUGCAUCCCCUCUUUUCCAGAAGCCUCUCCUUCUCCUUAGGACUCAACCCCCCCACCCACCUCCACCAUCACUACACACACACCCCUCCAACCUGAAAAUCAUCGCCUUGGUUUUGACGGCUUGCACUCUCCCGCGAAGGUUUUUUAAGUCGCGCCUGUGAUGGAAAGCAGAGAGGAGAUGGUGAUGCUGGCGGAGGGAGGUCAGUUUAGCAAGAGCGGCUCUAAUUUGUCGGGAGGCAUCGGGAGCCCCGUGCGAGAUCCGCAGGGGAAGCCGGGCCACAGGAGCUGUCUGAGCCCCGGCGCUGCGCUCUACUCCCGGGACAGAGCGGAGGUGGGGCUGGAGGACAGCGCACGGAGGAAUAUGUGCGCCGAUAUACGGCCAGUUGGCACGUCUGCCUCCGGGGAGAGACACCGGAGCGAUCAUCCCCACAAAGACGGCAGCAGCUCAGACACCGAGUCGGACUUCUACGAGGAAAUUGAUGUCAGCUGCACGCCUGAAAGCAUGGACUACCCAACAGCUAAAGGUCGAAACGGGGAUUCACCGGGUCACCCAAGUGAGACUGGUGCUGACCCGGGUAACAUCGUCCCAGGUCCGGGCUCCCUGUCCUACGCAGCGGACCAGAUUCGGCGGUACCGGACAGCGUUUACCCGGGAGCAAAUCGCACGGCUGGAGAAGGAGUUUUACCGGGAGAACUACGUGUCCAGGCCGCGAAGAUGCGAGCUGGCGGCCGCCUUAAAUCUACCUGAAACCACAAUCAAGGUGUGGUUCCAGAAUCGCAGGAUGAAAGACAAGCGCCAGCGUCUGGCCAUGACUUGGCCACACCCCGCCGACCCGGCCUUCUACACCUACAUGAUGAGCCACGCGGCGGCCACGGGGAACCUGCCCUACCCUUUCCCAUCCCACCUGCCGCUACCCUACUACUCCCACCUGGGUGUCGGAGCUGGCUCGGCUCCGGCUGCCACCCCUUUCUCCAACCCCCUGCGCUCCCUCGACAGUUUCCGAAUGCUGUCUCACCCCUACCAGAGGCCGGAGCUGCUGUGCGCCUUCAGACACCCCUCCCUGUACCCGGGUCCUACCCACGGCCUCGGUCCCGGAGGCAGCCCCUGCUCCUGCCUGGCGUGUCACUCAAGUCAAAGCAACGGUAUCUCCAGCAGGCCCACCGGCUCGGACUUCGCGUGCUCGCCAACCAGCAGGACUGACGCUUUUGUCACUUUCACGCCCUCAGUGCUCAGCAAAUCCUCAUCUGUGACUCUAGACCAGAGGGAAGAAGUACCCCUGACCAGAUAAAACCAAACCAGCUCUUAUUCUAUAUUAGCCUUUAAGCUUUUUAACCUAACAUAUUAUAUGACCAGGACUGAUGCAGCAUGAAGAGGUAGCCUGUAAGCAGUGAAAGCUAGCUUCAACUUGGGGCAAGAUAAUUAAAGCUUCAGACGACGCUGAAGUUCGCUUCCAAUUGACUGCUUCCGAUUCAACACUUAAAAAAAGUAACAAACAUUGCUUAGCGACCAAUCCUCGGCUUUUUGCAUCUCUUAAUGUGGUGAAAUAUUUCAGGUAAAGCUAUGACGCGUUAUAAAACCAUUUUCAGGUUAGGACCUUUAUUAUAUUUGUGAGAAAAGGACUAUUUCACUGCUUUUAUCACAUUAACAUCAUUAGGCAAGGAAAACCACUAUAUUUAAGG